GACAAUGCAGCGGUGGAUAAAAAGCCUGCCCAUGGCACGAUUUUAUUGGUCAGAUAGAGCGACGCGCUCUUCUAAUUGGCCGUUCCAUCUGCCAGUCAAAUCCACUCUUCAUUUUCAAGCACUUCCUCCGUUAACAGUCCACGGAAAGCCCAUCACCGGCCAGCCCACCGCCUGUCCUCUCAUGUCUGGAGUGUCCGGUUGUCGUGAUGAAGUUGGGUCGUGAUUGCAUGGCGACCGGACGGAGCUGAAAGCACAGAAGUCAUGAUGGAGACCGUUGAGCAACUGGUGUCUUUCCAGCACAUCCAUGUACAACUGAAUGGAGGCGCUCCGUGGGGAUUCACUCUGAAAGGAGGACUAGAGCACGGCGAGCCGCUCAUCAUUACUAAAAUAGAAGAGGGAGGAAAGGCAGCGCAGUGUAAGAAGUUGAGAGUGGGGGAUGAACUGGUGAACAUUAACGGCUCGGCUCUCUACGGCUCCCGUCAAGAAGCUCUCAUCCUCAUCAAAGGUUCUUACAGGGUUCUCAAAAUCAUCGUCCGAAGGCGUAGUGUCCCAGUGAUACGUCCACACUCUUGGCACCUGGUGAAGCUGUCAGAGUCACCCUGCACUACGGGCACUGGUGACCCCUCAGAUGCCUCCCCGGCUAUGCAGCUCCACUUCGCACCUCUCAGUGUACCUUGGCACUCCGGUGGUGACAAUAGUGAGCUGUCAAUGCAGUGGGGCCAUAUCUCCAGGCACUACAGCACAGACCGCAGUAGCUCAAUAGGAAGUAUGGAGAGUCUGGAGAAUCCUCCCAACCAGGGUUACUAUGACAGUCAGCUUUCUCCCAUUGAUCCUGUCAUCUUCAACAACAAACGUGACUCUGCUUACAGCUCAUUCUCAGCCAGCUCAAACACAUCCGAUUACACUGUCCCCAUCAAGCCUGAGGAUACCAACUCUAUGGACAGUCUUCUCCAGGGUUUUGGUUCUUCCUGCAGGUAUCCAGACGGAGGCCAACAUUGUGCCCCCACUGGCCAUGGAAACCAGCAGGAAGAGCGUGGACACUCCAAGAUGCUGUCUGACAGAACUGAGGCUAAAGUCCGACCAUCGUCCUAUAGCUGUGAGGAGGAAAACUGUGCGCCACCGCAGCCACCCAUGAGGAAGGACAGUUUUAGGGCUACUAGAGGCCAACCAACAGAUAAACGCUGUGUGUCUGCUCCUGUAGGCAUCCCAAGUGUAACCAGCUGCAUGGUUGAAGAUCAAUCCCAAAUCCAUGAAGUUCUGACUGGUAGUGUUUAUUUAAAUGGAACACAAGACAUUGAGCAAGAACUUAAAGGAUGCACCAAUGAAACUUAUUACACCUUCAACUCCAAGACAGACUCUGAAAGAGAUAGCAAAGCAACUGACUGUGAGAAAAAACACGUGGAGAGCUAUUCAGAAUAUGUGGUGGUGUCUACACCCCCUCUCAGUCCCUUUUCACAAAGGAAUAUAGAUGAGAACUUUGAUGCCCAACCAGAACAUAAUGUCCAGUCAGCAAUGCACAGACAAAGUGCACCUGAGAAACUUCUAGCUUCUCAGCUGCAUAUGAUGGAUUUUACUGGUGACAGAAGUGAUAAUCGCGCAUCUCCAACUUGUCAGUGGUCACCGAAUUUUCUAAAUGAUACUAGUUCAAAUACGGCCCAGGCCAAGUGGGGAAUGAGUAGAUGUUCCACACCUGGUUCAGUGGCAACUUCCGAACUUGAAGAUCCCAGGUUAGAGGAGGAACCUCUAGAUUCAGGACAGAAUUUCUCAGGGCAGCCCAGUAAUGUCUCUGGAAAUCCCAUUGAGAAUGGAUUCUCUACUGCUAACUCUCAGACCAGUGAGAAGAACUUUGGGUCUGUAGGUGCUAACGUGUGUGUGGACACUCAUCUAAAUGCGAAUGGGCAAGAAGUGAGCGUAGAUGAUGGUAGCGUCACAAAGCAGUCGCAGAAACGUCAGUUCCGUAGCUCCAAGUCACGUCGCAGAAGUGAACGUUUUGCCACAAACCUCAGAAAUGAGAUCCAGAGAAAGAAGGCCCAGCUGCAGAAGAGCAGAAACCCUUGUGGUGAGGAGACUGUGGAAGAAGAGGUUGCAGAUCUCAACAUGGAGGCAGUAGCUCCUCCAGAGAACCAUCAACCCAGACCCCAAACCUUCUCAAGUCCUCUUACCAGUCCUCCGACUAUCCAAAUAUCCGAACGGACACCUCAGCAAGAUACAACCCAAGUUAAGGAACAUUCCAGAACCAGGGCUAUGUGCUUCCAGACAUCUCAGACCCAAGCCCAGAUCCCUCAAAAUGCCAUACAAGUGUGUGUCCAUGUGGUGGAGGAGAUAGCCCCUGCAGGUAAACCACGGAGAUGGCGCUGGACACCAGAAUACAAGCUUCAACCAGAUUCUGAGACCUCAGAGAUUAAGAGAAAUGAUGCUACUGGACAGAUAUGGUCCGGGAAAAUGGGAUCAACAAGAGGGAGGGCAGGUUCCUCCAGUAGUCGCUUAGGUCGAUCGGACGAGUGUGAUAUCCCUCCCUUUGCAGACCGCAGGAGGUUUUUUGAGGAGACUAGCAGAAAGUUGAGUCAGUCUGUAACAAACUUGUCAAGCCUGACAAGUCGAAAUCAGAGACUAGAGAAGCCGAGUAGACUGAACCAUCCAUCCUCACCUGAACCUCUUGAAAUGGUCACUAACCUGGGCCGGAGGAGGUUUUCGUAUCAAGAUGUGCCCUACGUCAACUCACUGGAAACUGGGAGACAGUUUAUGAGUACUCAACAAGACCAAGAAAAAUUGAGGAAGAAACUGGUAGAGAGAGAGCAGGAAAAAGAAAGAGAGCGAGAGAGAGUCAAGGAGCAAGAGAAACUUCAAGAACAAGAGAGGGAGAAGGAAAGAUUAAGGAAAGCGAGGGAAAAAGAGCAGCAAAGGGUAAAAGACUGGGAGGAGAGGCAAAGACUGCUGCAGAGAGAACAAGAAAGGGAAUCCAGGAGAGAAACCGUUAGUUCUGAACACAAUAAGAGCGAUGACAUGGUUCCUCAGUCUUUAUCUCACGACGCCUUUCGGAAACAGCCGCCCAGUCCUCAGGUUCCUUCCUCUCUGCAGUCCUCUGAGCAUUUCUAUAGCAACACUACCACCAACAUCCAAAAGCCUUGCUCAGCGUUCCACCCAGUGACCACACAGCACAAUCAGUAUGAUGACUACCACAUGAAUCCCCCCUACAAGGCCAGGAGCUACACCCCAGCUGAGGUCCACCCUGUGCAGGAACCGGAACAAGCAAAAAAACUAAACAGAAAUUUCAGCUUAACAGAGAGGGACUACUCAAGGUGUAGGAGAGACUUCAAGACAGGAGAGUGUGCUGCUGUUCGUAGCUUCAUGGGUCAGUAUGGCAACAUGACAGGUGGCCGCACUGAGGAGCAUCUUUUUUCACCCCUUAGAAACCGUGCUAUGUCAGAAAAUGACAUUCAUGUGGAAACUCAAAAUUUUCAUAAGCACACCAACGUCACGCCAAGCAGAAUGCGUGCGUCCACUCUUAGUGACCUGGAUGAGAAUGGAGUAUGUGUUGGUGAAGUAAAGAAGAAAAGAGGACCUCCACCUCCUCGUCCACCGCCCCCGAAAUGGGAUCAGUUCCACAAGAGACGGGCAUCCCACCAUAACCUCUUCUCAUCCCCACCACUCUAUAACUCUCCCUCUUCCUCUCCACCUCGACCACAGCCUCCCAGUGUGUCUGAAACGACACGUCAGCGCUCCUAUAGUCUUCCUCCGAGGGAGGUUUCAGAGAGCCAUCACUGCUGCAGUCAAGAGUACUCGGUGGCUCCCCCCAGCCCUGCUUUUACACGUCGGGCCUUCAAACCUGUAGCUCUGCCCCCAAGAGAGAGAGACACGAGGAAGGAACUUCAUCAACCUUUGCCACAGCAUGAACCACGCACAAGAAUACCUGUCCACAAUGAGCCUAGAGUCACACUGGUGAAGCCAAUCCUUUCUGAGCAUCGAGCUGAGUGGGACAGCUCCGGCCCUCACUACCAUGCACAGGUCACUACCAGGUCUCAUGAAGUCCCAGAGAAAAGUUUGUCAACUAGACCCGUGUGUCCUGAGUCCUACUUCUCCAUGAACAACUACCACUUGCAGCCCUAUCAAGCAGGCUUCCCUGGAACAGUUUACAAAAACCAGCUUAUUUCCUCCCGCAGUCCCAGCAGUAUUGAAGAUGGAAACCAGCCCCUGGAAACGGACAUAGAUGAGAUCAGUGAGAAUGAGCGGUUAGGAGAAAUUGGCAGAAGGGAAGGAGAGGACAGGAUGGAGAUGCAGGGUUUUGCUCGACCCGUUAUUGUGCUGGAGACAGACAUUGACAACAUGCCUGAGGAAGGGGCUCCUUCAGCGAGAAACAUUAGAGGGACGUGGGGUGCUUUGGUGGACUCUAUUCUAGAGGAUGAUUAUGGUUUAUCUAGGAAAGAGCUGAUAGGAGAGUUAUUUCCACAAAGUGUAAAUAAAGAGAUGGGUGGAGAGAGCUGGAGAGGGGGCCACCCAAUAAGCGGAGGAACACUAGAGAGGCCCUCUAGACUGGGAAAAUCCACAGGACAAGCUUCACGAUCAGCCUGUUAUGACAUGUCAGCUGACAACCCGCAACUUCUUGCCAGGUUUCGAGAAAUCUCAGAGAGAAAAGAAGAGGAGGAAGAACUCAAUUAUAAGAAGCAGCUGAUGGAGAGCCUUCGUAAAAAGUUGGGUGUCUUGCGUGAGGCACAGAGGGGCCUGCAAGAGGAUAUUCGUGCCAACGCUCAGCUGGGAGAAGAGGUGGAGAGCCUGGUGCUCGCUAUCUGCAAGCCAAACGAGGUGGACAAGUACCGAUUGUUCAUCGGUGACCUAGAAAAGGUGACCAGCCUGCUGUUGUCUCUUUCUGGGAGACUGAUCCGGGUAGAAAGCGCCUUGGACUGUGUGGACCCAGAGACUGGCCACCAAGAGAGGCUACAGCUUCUGGAAAAGAAGAAGCAGCUGCUGGUGCAGAUGGGAGAGGCUCAGGAGCUCAAGGAGCAUGUGGACCGGCGUGAACAGGCAGUUGGCAAGGUGCUGGAAUGUUGCCUGACCCCAGAACAGAUGCGGGACUACAGUCACUUUGUGAAGAUGAAAGCAGCCCUACUGGUAGAGCAGAAGCAACUGGAUGACAAGAUCAGGCUUGGCGAGGAGCAGCUUAGGGGACUUCGAGAGAGCCUCGGCCUGGGGCUGGGGUUCGGGAUGGGGUACGGACAAUACUAAAAAGUGCUGAAUGAGUGCAUAUAUAACAGGACCAAAAUAACCUUGAACUGCAGUAUGUUUUGAAGAAAGGACAUUACAUUGAUGUGCCAAUUGAGUACAGAAAAGCACAAAUAUGACAGACAAAUGUUCAGUUCAAUACGAAAACACUUUUUUUCACUAAUUUUUUUUUUGCGCUUACUCCGUCAACAUCUGACACCGCCAAAGAACGCAUGUGUGCAUAUACUUCUCAUUGACUACAGCAGGGGGAGUGACUGUCCAUGCACUGCUAUUUAUUUAUUUAUGUGUGUAUGUAUUCAUACGCACAAUAUAUAUCAAUAUCUUUCAUUCUGGUUUUAAGGUCAAAUUGCUUUAAUAAUUUACGGCCUCACAAUGCAUGUAUUCAAUUUUGUUCCGUUCUUCGGCAUGGUAAACGUUAUUGUUCCAUUUAAGAUAUUUUGUUAAGUAUUCGUAUGAAAACAUGUACAUAGUGGAUGCCUAAAGUGCAUCUUUAAGUCACAGAAGUUUCAUUCUGUCAUAACUGGAACUUUUCUUGAAAUGGUGUGGCAUAUUAUUGCAGUGUUUUCAAAAGGGGCCAUUUAUAUUUACUUUUCAUAUUCAGUAUGUCUUAUAGUACUUGCUACACUUUUCUCAGAUUAUUGCCAAAGAUAACAUGUAUAUCUAUGUAAGAAUAUAAAUAUGCUGUGCCUGUUUUGAGAAAUGACAUGCAUAAAUUUCUUCAGAAGAUCAGCCUUGCUUUACCAAAGCUCUUAAAUUGACGUGUUUUAGUUAAAUGAGAUGCACUGUUUAACCCUUCUGUAUCAUCUCACAACAUGGCAACUUUUGAGGUGAUUGCUACUAGAUUUCCUUUUCUUUGAUGAGAAACUGGACAUUUCUUUAGAAGGAAGGAGAAUGCUGCUUCGUUGACCAUUUACUGCCUUGAAAGUCUUGUCUUUGUCUUUUUUUUUUUCUUUUCUUUUUUUUUUGGCGAAACAAGGAGCUUGAGAUGAAGAUUAAGGAGAGACAAAGAAGAGGGAGGUAAAGUUAAUUUGUAUUUGAAGAGCCUGUUGUAUAGAAACAAGGAGUGAAUAUAUGUAUUUCAAAAUUGCAGAUCAAAAAGGUAAAUGUGCUUUACUUUGUAUAAAAUGUAUAGUUUAAUAACCAUAAACUAUUCUUGCUCAUUUUGUUGUAUCAUACAUUGUAAACAGCAUAGUGCUGAAGAUAAAAGGAAAUACUUGGUCUAUUGAUAAA